GUGUGACUGUAUAUACCAAUGUAUUGUCAUGGCGUAGGUAGAAAAAUAAGCGACCAUAAUGAAGAGGUGACCAUAAGGAGGAGUUUGUGUUUUUACGUGUACGGUAGAAAACUGAUAAAGUUACAGUAAGAAAAAACUCACGAUAUAGAGAUAGCAGUUGUGUUUUGUAAUUAUUACCACGUGUGUUAUAAAUAUGUUUCAAGGUAUCAGAUGUAUGUGGUGAAAUAUUCUUUUCACUGGGAUAUCUACGUUUAGCCCAAAGAUUGGCUGUUGUUGUAAUUAAAGUUAUUAACCUGGCAAAAAUGAACGACGAACCGCCUGGUGGGUAUUGUUGUUACUCGUCGAUUGUAAUUUUGACAAUAUCCUUGUAACGGUCUUCACCGUCAGUUUCUGCAAAACUUGAAACAAAUAGUUUCAAAUAUUUUUUGGCAUGCACGUUCCACGCCCAUACUUCGUUGCUCUUCGCAGCAUGGGCCUGGCGACGAGGAUGUCCUUUUGGUUUCAAAACUUUGAUGAGAGUCGGAGCUAUGAUACUUUCUAGUCCUAUAGCUUUGCCGAUAGUGUAUGUUUAAGCUAAGUGGGGGAAGUGCAUAUGAUGGGGGGGGGGGGUAUGCUCUAAUCAUCCUUACUUUUACGUGAGCGCUAAGCUGAACAGCAUGAAUGACGCAGCUCAACUUGAUCAAGUACUAAGGCUUUCUAAGGGCUCUUCUGCCUGCCAGCUUAUGACUCAUGUCUGCAUGAGCAGUUGGCUUUGGGCUUACACCAACCCACCCUGUCAAUAUUCCCCUUUGAAGAAAACCAGAAUGCCCGGAGAAAAACACGCGACUUUCGGUAGAGCGUUGACUGACUCUUUUCACCGAGUCUUCGGUUGAAGAUUGCGCCACCGAAGCCCUACUAAGGCAUGUCUUAGUUGCGAAAGUUAUUGACCGUCGGCAACUAUAAUAAGUACUACUUGGAUAACUCAGUCAUGCAGUCAGUGAAUUAGUCAAUCAAUCACCUUACUUAAAAGCUUUGUAUUCAAAGUAACUACGAAGUUUAUAACCGUCCUUGCAUGUCUGAAGAACACGAAUGACUGCAUGCAAGUCGUCCGGGGGAGGAUUUGUGCAUGUGCACCAUGCCACCAUGAGAUAUUGAAAGCUUGCCAUAAUUGAUUUAUUCCUGUUUGCCUUAACUUGUAAAGCUUUCAAACUUAACUUUUUAAUAACAAAGUUUUCUCAGUAUCCUGUGUCUAAUCUUUCAGAUCCAUUUGUGGAAGUAUCUCUGUUGCAGAAAGACAGAAAAAUAAAAGUGCAAAGAACAUCGGCAAAAAAGAAGGAACAGAACCCGAAGUACAACGAGACACUAACAUUUGACGUUCCUGCCGAAUAUCUACACGAAUCUAGCUUGUUAUUUUGUGUUUUAAGUAAAACAAAGGGAUCGUAUUUGGAAGAAAAUUUAGGUAAAGUUUUACUAGGAGCUGAUGGAAGUGGCGAGAACUUCGAUCAUUGGGAAGAAAUGAAAAUUGGAACAAAACCAAGACCAAGAUGGCAUAAAUUAAGAAAAUAUUUUUAGCAAUUUUAAUGAUACUAGUAAAAAUAGUUGUAACUCUUCACUUACCUUAACUAUAUGUACUAUUUAAGACACGAGUAGGAGUGUUUUAUCAGAUAUAAAACGCGAGGCGCAGCCGAGCGUUUUAUAUCUGAUAAAACACGACAACGAGUGUUUUGAAUAGCUUAAAGUGCCCGACACAAAAAAUUAUUUUCAGUCUGUUGAAAGUACUCAUUUAGUCCAGUGUUCUAGUGAAAUUUUAGAGCCGUUUGAAUCCAAAUAUUUUUGGCUAAUGGCCCGAUGGCCGUCGGCGACAGGAGUCUGGCACUAGCAUUUAUUGUGACGUCACGCAAGUGAGUCGAAUCUUGAUGGUCAGUUAUCUGUUAUCUGUUUUGAACUUUUGAUCAGCUCGAAGGUUUUGAUCGCUGAAUUGUUUUUACAUUCUAAGUUCCUUCGUGGUUCUAUAUGGACAACAGAAUCCGACAGUAGCUAUCAGUCUGAUGAUUCCGGUGUGAAUUUUAUACCGAGUUAAUAAUAUGUUGUGUUGGAAGAUGCUGAUCUGUAACAUCUCGUCAAGUCUAGGGUAUUAUCAUUAAUAUUAGAGACCUUACAAUCUUAGGACGGCAACGGCUACCAAUACAAUAGAUCAUUAAAAAGAAUUGAGUAAUUACAAUAUAUGAAUAAUUUAGACAUUGUCCUCGCCCUGUUUAUAACGCCAAAUCACAGAUUUUCACGUGUUGAUACAACGGCUGCAUUCCAAGCCACAACAAGUGCAACUUCAAACUAGGUUUAGCAGAACUCUUCCCAACCAUAAACGACAAACUAUAUCUACUACCAUUUAUUUGAAGGAGUUUGUUUUGGUCGUCGCCGUCCUAAAAUCGUAAGGUCUCUAAUAGAACACGCCGACUCACUUGCGUGACGUAACAAAAUCGCUCGUUCCAGUUUCCUUCGAACACGGACGCUUGCCAACCAAAAGCCCAAAUUUUGCGUGUUCAAACGGCUCUAAAAUUUUUUCGUUACGAUGAAAUCGAAAAAUUCGUUCGCUUGAACACUAUACUAAAUGAGUACUUUCAAUAGACUGGAAAUCAUUUUUUGUGUCAGGUGCACUUUAAAAUACGACUACAAAAGAAUACUAAUUAAGAUGAACAAUUAUAUAAUCAUACUAAUUAGGAUGAACAAUUAUAUAAAGAAUCUCGUAAAGAGUACUAAUGAAGAUGAGUUUUAUCAGAUAUAAAGUCACUCCACGCGACAUAUUAUGGCUGACAUGAUUUGCCACAAUUAAGGUUUAUGAAUUAUUGAGUAUUUUAAUUAUCAAUAUAAUAAUGUAUCUUUUAAGGCAGUAAACUCCAAUCAGUUUCAAAUGUCUUCGGACAGAUGCCACAAAAACCUUUAAUGUGAACAAACGUCGAUCCCCCCCGCUCCCUAUUCAAUGUUGCGUGCCAUUUUCCGUCAGAUUUGAUGCGUUGAAAAAACAGCAUUGGUUGGGGGGAGGUGCGGUAUUGUGCAUAUUUGCAUAAUAAAUGCAUGUGUCUCAACAACUUUUGAAAGUGAUUGUGGGGGUCUUCUUCUAAAACCCUUAAACGGUUUCAAAUAGAUCCCUAGCCCAGCCUUGAGUAAAAUAUAUUACUUUUUUGUAGAUACCUUAUAUAAAUAUUUUGUAAAUGGGCAAAACAUUGAAAUAAAUAGAAAAAUUGCUACCAGAAGAUAAAACACCAAAAGUUACGUUUCUUAAUUCAACGUUUUAUUCACAUUAAAGUACUUAUGACACGAAAUUUACCCACGUUUGCAAGCAUAUUUUACUCUCGGUUGCAUGCUGAUUGCAAACAACUAAGAAUUAGAGCUCUGUACACUGUUUGCAAGCUAUUAUAUGUCAGGAACAAAAGGCUUCAUUCGCUUUACGAUUCCUAUACCUGUCCCAACUUUUUCUCAUAUCUUUUCGAUAUGAGAAAACGUUCCGCAAGAAUUUCAUCAAGCUCGACUCCGAGAUAUGUCAUCGAUUUAACACAACGAAUUUGUUGAUUGUUGAUCAUAACGUUACAACUCCUACCUCGCUAAGAUUACGAACAGACCAAAAAAAACAUGACUUUAGUUUUGUUUUAGUAGGAUUUCUUUUUAGCCAUGCAUUUAUAUUUUUAAAUCCCUAUAUUUUUAAAUCCUGAUAAGUUCAGUAAUAUCAUGAGAGGACGAAAAAAUUUCAGUAUCGUCUGCAUAUAAGCAAAGAAUUGUCUUUUCAAGACAAUCGGGUAAAUCAUGGAUAUACAAUAGGAACAAUAAGCGACAAAAAUUAAACUUUGUGGAACGCCACAUUUCAAAUGCCUACUCUCUAUUGAUAAGAAAGGAUUCGAACGAGUUCAAUUGGACGUUAGAGAUAUUCUCAACGUUCUCUUCACUUUUACAGCAAUAUAUCAUGACUAAUCGAGUCAAAUGGCUUCCAAAUGCCAAGAACGACAACCCCGUUUAGUUUCCCGUCGUCCAUAUUUUGUAACCAUGCAUUGAUCACACAUUUGGAUUAUAAGGCUGCUGCUAGAGUGCAAAGGACGGAAACCGCAUUGAUAAUAAGAUAACAAUAUGUUGUCUGUUAAAUACGCAUAAAGUUGCAUGGUUGAAAGCAAAUCUCUCAAAGACCUAAAUUAGAAUGGGGCAAAAUUGAAAUUGUUCGAUAUUACUCUGCUCGCCAGCACUUGAGGUCAUGCAAUAACCGAGAUCAACAACAAACGUAACCAUCCUUCGUCAGCAACUUCAGCACGUCACGUGAUCGGGCAGGACUAUAUAGUACAUAUGGUGUGUAGAGCGUCAGUUAUUGUGGUAUGUGAAGUGAAACAGACUGAAGGUAAGCAGUAAUUGUUUUCUUUCUUGUGUUACUUGAUUCUGCUGCUUAAUUGUUUUAAGUUAUCGAUGGACAGUGGUCAGCUCAAAAUUCCAUUUUGUAUGGAUUUUAACCGAAGUCCACUAACAGUAGUCGUCCCAGUUAUUUUAAACCAUUCAAUAAAACAAAACUUUAUUUCUCAGGAUCGUCCUUCGCCACCCCUCGUUUAGUUAAAGGAGAUCAUGGUCCUUUGCGUAAAAAACACUUAGCAUAACAAUAGUGCCAUCCAGUUAUGAUCCAGAGAUCGGAAUAGUCCAUUGUCUUUUCAUCAUACUCAUUGUUACAAUCAAAUUUUGAAUAUCUUCCAAACAAGUACCGCUGUCGAGGCUGCUGACAAAACAGCCAGUACAAAUAUCCCAUACAUAGAACACAUUAUGAAUGUACUGAUAAACUCUUCUGAAUAUAAAAUGAUUACAGCUUGUUCUAGCCUGUGCUUCUCAACAACUCGUGCGAGUUUUUCUCGCUCUGUCGCAGUGAGCUGAUGCAAGCCUGAGGUGAGGCGACACAGGUCCGACACAGAUACAUCUAUUACUUGUAACUUUCCACGGAGACGAAAAAAUGAGUGAGUUUUUGUAGAAUUUUCGUCAUCUUGUAGUGUCUCAGUUUUUACACAAAACGUGAACCACGAGUUUAACCAUACCUCUAAAUUUUUAACUUUUAUUAUAUAAAUACAGUAAAAAUGCCACAAGAAAAGAAGAAAUUCCAUGCAUGUCGUGAAUAUAAGUAACUUUUUGCAAAUACAUGCCUUUGGUUCCACGAAGAAAGGCCAAACUGCGGCAAAAGGAAGUACAAAAAAUACAAGUGACAAAAGAAACGCCCAAAUCGAACCAAGUCUUGAGAAGCCCCCACCAAAACACAACAAUGAUUUUGUUUUCGGUUCUUGUUCAUGGUUUGUCAUCAAACAGGCAUUAUGACAGACGGCUGUGUAGUUUAUUUUGUUGUACGCUCCAAACAACAUGAAUGGCUUAGGAACAACAGUGAAAUAUUUGUGUUGAUUAUUUAGUAAUGACUGUAAUUCGCCAUGUGUGCCAGUGAGAACUUCUUCCAAUCCACCAGAGGAGGUAAAUUCGUUUGCAAUAUAGUCUGACGGAUGUAAAGAAGGCAUCUUCAAUCUC